ACAAUCCAAUAGUUUUACACACAACAUCCAGAAUAAACACUCAAGGAUCCAAGAUGCUGCUCUUGCUACUGCUGGUGGCAUCAUGUGCUGCCGUUCCUCAAAAUCUUUCAGGGAAGAUGUUCACCUUCCCGCAAGAAACCGACACAGCACAUGUUAGUUUGACAACAUCAAGUCAAAAUUUCAAUGCUGUGACUGUCUGUUUCAGGUUCUUUACAGACCUCAAAAGAGAUCACGCCCUUUUCUCGUUGUCUGUACCCUCUCACGAUAAUGGCUUUUUGUUUUACAAUAUGGCCAAGUUAGAUUCUUUUGAAAUGUCUGUAAGGAACACAAUCGCAAAGUUUGAAGGACUGGACCUCAAGCUGAACCAGUGGCAAUCAGUUUGUGGAGCCUGGGAUGCUGUGUCUGGUUUGGUGCAAAUGUGGGUGGAUGGAAAGCCUUCAAGCAGGAAAUUUACCAGCUCUGGAUCUGAUAUCAGUGGACCAAUGAUAAUUGUUUUUGGACAGGAUCAAGAUGCAUACGGUGGUGGUUUUGAUGCCAAACAAUCAUUUGUCGGCAUGAUGUCAGACCUUCAUAUGUGGGAUCACAAGCUUUCACCCUAUGAGAUCUGGAAAUAUGCGAAGGGGUUUGGUUAUGCACCAGGAAAUGUGUUGAACUGGAAUUCACUGGAAUUCCAGAUUCAAGGAAGGGUGCUGAUCGAGAAUGCUUGACAGUAAAUUAUCCUUUCUACAAAUUUAUAUAGCACACAAUAAUUGGUAUGUUGUACGUUAUGAUCAAAAAUUACUAUAUUCUUUAUAUUUCAACAUGAUAAAUAUGUUUAAUUCAUUGGACUAAUCAUUUUUGUCACAUGUCAAAAUCUUUAGUAAUGUCUUUUAAAUUUUAUAUUUGUUUGGUUCUAAUAGCUACUUUCACGACAAAUCUGAUUAUUUUUAUUUUAAAAAUCCUAAAAUAAACAAUUAAGAAUUGUCAGUUUAUUUCUUUCUUCCAGAAAAAAUGUCCCUGAAAACUAAAAUAAAAACACUUUAAUGGUAAUUAAUAAUUUAAAUACCUAAAGGUUAAUUACAAGUUCAUCAUCGAAUCUCCCAUUUCAACCAUUUGAUAUGUCAUAGUGAGUAAAUAAUCUUGUGUAUGCAAAUCAUUUUAGAAUAUUAAGUAAAAUUACUGUCUAUUAAUUUUACUCUUUGCUUAAAUGUCUAGUGAGGCAAACAGAGUUGUUAUCUUCCUACAAUUGUUUUUUUUUUUUUUUCAGGAGAUAACCAAAAAGCUUUUUUUGAUUUACACAGUGUGAUGAUCUACAGUUUAAAUACAUAUGUAUCAGUCUAAUAAAAGUAUUUACAGCCAUCA